AGGGGACAUUGGGAAAGACGGGAAGAGUCAGCUGCGCUCCCAUUUCAUUGUUUCUUCCCACAGUGGUUACGUGACAACGCCUCGUUCCGAUAACCUGACCAUUCCCGUCCAUCCUGGCCAAACCUGGCCAGGUAGACCUCUUCCAGGCAGAUUACCGUUGCCUACCCUACCUAUCUAGCGGAAAGGAAUCUCGCACGCACGGCUAACCUGGCCAUGGUACGUGCCAUGUGCCGACUCCGUCGCUUGUGCGUGCGUAUGGAGGAGGUGGCUGGCCCGCCCAGGAUGCCGCUCCACCAACAGCGGGUUUCUGGGGAUUCGGGAGGGGCGUCGGAAGCGCGCUAGGCGGGUUCUGACCCAGCUAGUGGAUACGAUCCUUCGCAGGCUGCGUCGAGAUGUUCCUGGCCUCUGGGUGGUGGAAUGGCAUGGUACUGUCUCUCCUCUCUUGCUGGGUAUCGGCAGCACACCUCGUGUUAUCUGGGCCUGGCGCGAGGAGAGAGACCGAAAUAGAAACCCACGAUUUGUGUGCUAUGCCUGGAGUCCUCUCUCCCCUCCUCUCGCCUCCUCUCCUUUUCCCUUCUCUCUGUUUACUACGUACAUUUCCAUCCGUGUCGGGAGAAAUCAGAGAGACAGUGAGGCCUGGCUAUCAAACCCUGCCUAGGUGCAACGAAAGGCACCUUUGGGGAGCGGGUUUUCUCCCUCCGCGUAUUUCUUUGUUAUCAUCAUUGUUGUAUUUUAUCAGUAUUCUCAUCAUCAAAAAAAAAUUUUCCUGCUCCUUUUUACGAGUACACUGUUCGGCGUGCUCGUUCCUCCCGUCGAGGGACUUCGUGCUACCCCCGACCCAGGCCUCUCGAUACCACCUCGAGACAGGGAUCAGGCGCCGAUAAGAGGGC